UUCAAAAAGAAAAUCUCUUUCAAAUAUUAAAUAAAUAAAGGAAAAAACCCGAGCGUACAUACACUUUUACAUUUUCUUAAUUUUUUCAAAAUUCCCUCAUUCAUUGAAUACAAUGCGCAAUAUUCGCGAUAUAGAACCCUCGACUUGCGGGCUUAGACAAAACGUUUAUCACUUACAUUUGCCUUUGUUUGUUUUGGAUGCCAUACGACUUUUUCAAGAUCAUCCACAAUAUGUAAGGGGUCUAAAGGAAGCUGAUAUUGUCAACAUGUUGAAAAAGGAAUCCUUUGCUUGUGGUGACAUUGCGGCACAAGUAAAAAAUGUUCUCAAAGAACUUACCACCGCUGGUUUUGUACGCUAUAAUUCCCAGGGUUAUCGCACAUUGGGACCCUUUGCAAAACUUGGCCAGGCUCGCACGCAACGUCAAUUCAAUAUGGCAUGGGAACAUUUAAAGGAUUUGCAAUCAAUCAGUUGUACCAGCCUAUAUGCCUCUUCAAGUAGCCACAGCAAUACAUGUGGCUAAAAACGAUUAGUGGUGAACAAAACAUAAUUUAAAUAAAAAAAAAAAACAUAUAUUUUCUAACAAGCUUUCUAAACGAAUUCAAAUAAAGGUUAUGAACCUAACCACCUCAGAAUAAUUGAGUUGUUGGCUGAAAGAAAUCAAGCAUUAAAGGUCAACACAUACUCAACAAUGUGGUUGUGGUCAAUGUUGGUUUAUGUGAAAA